AACAACAGCACAAAUUACAUCUCUUCAGCAAAUAUGGGAUUACUUACUAUUCUAAAGAAGAACCGACAAAAGGAGAAAGAGAUGAGAAUCCUGAUGUUGGGACUUGACAAUGCAGGCAAAACCACCAUCUUGAAGCGUAUUAAUGGUGAACCAAUUGACACAAUUUCACCUACACUUGGGUUCAACAUCAAGACACUUGAACAUGAAGCAUACAAACUCAAUAUUUGGGAUGUUGGCGGGCAAAAGUCAAUUAGAUCUUAUUGGCGAAACUAUUUUGAGCAGACGGAUGCACUGGUUUGGGUUGUUGACUCUGCAGAUCGUCUCAGAAUGCAGGAUUGUAAGCAGGAAUUAAGCUUGCUGCUGCAAGAAGAGAGAUUGGCGGGCGCCACCCUAUUGGUCUUUGCAAACAAACAAGAUUUAGCAGGCGCGCUCUCAGAACAAGAUAUUCGAAUGGCGCUUGGAUUAGAUGAUAUCAAGAGUCACCAUUGGGCCAUUAUGGCCUGUAGUGCUGUAACAGGAAAUAAUCUUCUAAAGGGUAUGGACUGGAUUGUCAGCGACGUCGCUUCCCGAAUUUACAUGCUAGAUUGAACAACAAAAAACAGCAACACAAGUAACAGCAGAAGCAAGAAGAGUAACAGCAGCAGAAACAACAGCAAAAAAAAACUUUUUUUUUCUUCUUUUUUUUUUAAAAAAAAAAGCUUAUAAAAACAGAAUUGGAGAGCAAGUG